AUGAAUACUCCUCGCUCCACGCCUACUGUACCAGUACACUCGACCCGAUCCGAGCGAACAGAGUUGUGUGUCAACACGGAAAACACGAAAGUCGAAGAGGACAACAACAACAACAACAACAACAACAACAACAACAACAACAACAACAACAACAACAACAACAACAACAACAACAACAACAACAACAACAACAACAACAACAACAACAACAACAACAACAACAACAACAACAACAACAACAACAACAACAACAACAACAACAACAACAACAACAACAACAACAACAACAACACACGAAGAAUGCUGUGA